GCCUAACAUUUUGCCAAACCCUGUCUCCCGCACCCUUUUCGCCCGAACCCUCGUCCGCCGUUUUCCCCAUGGCCUCCGCCGCCGCCAAGGUGGCCGCCGACGCCGCCGCUAAGGUGGUCGCCGCCGCCGACGCCGCCACGUCCAUUCGUGCGCAUAGCCUGUCCCGCAUCUUCUCCUCCUCCUCCUCCUCGCCAAACGUACAAUCACCCAAUCCCAAGCCCAAGCCUGAACCCAAAAUUAAGCGUGCGCUGACCCCGAAACCGCCCGCAGCUGACGCUGGCUCCGACGCGGACCACAAGCUCUGGAAGCCCCUGGGCUAUAUCAUCAAGGGCCUCCUCCGGGAGCGCGAUCCUGAGAAGCUGGUCUCCGAUUUCGUCGCUGCGUCUUCCGCGUCGGCGCGCUUCCGCGACCGGCACCGCGUGUACGAGGUGGCCGUGAGCCGGCUCGCCUCCUUCGGCCGCCAAGACAGCAUCGAGACCUUACUCGGUGCGCAGAAGCGCUUCCUUGAGACCUCCAAAGAGGGAUUCGCCACGCGCCUCAUCGGCCUCUACGGCCGUGCCGCCAUGCCAGCCCAAGCUGCCGCGACCUUCCACGAACUCCCCGCGCAGCUUAAGUGCACCAUGACCUUCAACGCCGUUCUCACGGCCUACUCCCGAGCCAAGGAGUUUGAUGCUCUCGCCACUGCAUUCCAGGAGAUCCCGGCCUCCCACCCCUUGGUUGUCCCCAGCGUAUACUCUUACAACAUAUUAAUCAGCGCCCUCUGCCAGAAGCCUGCCCUCUCGGCCGCCCUCAAUGUGGUUACACUGAUGGAGAAGUGCGGUGUUUUGCCGGAUAAUAUUUCUUUCAACACGCUAUUGAAUGGGUUUUCCAAGAAUGGCCGUGUGGAUGAUGCUGAGGCAGUAUGGGAAAUGAUGAAGGAGAGGAACUUGGAGCCGGACACGAAGUCCUACAACGCGAAGCUCCGGGGUUUGGUUGCAGAAGGGAGGAUUGAGGAUGCAGUUGCUGUGGUUGAGAGGAUGGAGAAGGAGGGGCCAAAGCCUGAUACAGUGUCGUACAAUGAGCUGAUCCGAGGAUAUUGCAGUGCUGGGAGGUUAGAGGAUGCCAAGAAGUUGUAUGAUGGAUUAGUAAAAAAUGAGUGUGCCCCAAAUAAAGGGACAUAUGAAACUCUCUUGCCACGUCUUUUGCAGGCUGGAGAGCUCGAUUGUGCACUGAGGUACUGCCAUGAACUCUUUAGUUCCAAUAUUAAGAGCUGUCGAGUGGAUUGCUCUUUGCUUCAGGAUGUAGUAACUACAUUGGUAGAGGCAUCGAGGGUGGACGAGGCUGCAAAGAUUGUUGAGCUAGGGCGGAAGAAGUACUACCCUCGGAAACUUUUGAGGAUGCCACAUACUGGAGAAGACAAUGAAGAGCAAAUUGAAACUGGCGAGGAAGAAUCAAUAUCAGAAGAAAAGGAGUGUGAAGUGGAACAGGAGAUUGGAAAAUAGAAGUAAUUCAUGAGGACCUACCUUCAUAAAUCAUAGGAGAUAUGCAGCAAUUCUUUAUUGUUAUCCACAAUAUCUUGCUUGUGCAGAUUUUCCUAUUGCCUGAAAGUUGCCUCUGAAUUUGAAGUUUUGUGUCUGUAAGUCUUAUUGAAGUGUCAUGUACUUUAUGAAUAUCUCGAUUUUUUGGAACUUUUAGUGCAACUGUUAGCUCUGCUAUAAAGAUAUUCCAAUUUGUUGAUCCUUAUUGUUGGCUUGGUACGUUCUCUUCAGAGCAUAGAAAAUGCGGAUGCUAUUUAUUGGUCAAUAGUUUGUUAGGUUACUAGCCUGUUAAUAUAUAGGUGGGUUAGUUGUAACUCCAUCCCAUAAUGGAUUUGUUACGCAAUCAAGUACCAAUUUCAUUU